CUUAAGGUUGCCGGAAAUAGGUACUGGUACAAAACCAAUGAAGAAGAAAAAGUAAACUGCAACAUGGCGACUCCCAUGCAUAGAAUAAUAGCUAGACGGCAGGCAGAGGCAAACAAACAACAUGUGCGUUGCCAGAAGUGUUUGGAGAUGGGACACUGGACCUACGAAUGCACGGGGAAGCGGAAAUAUGUGCACAGGCCGUCAAGAACAGUUGAGAUGAAAAAGAAACUCAAGGAGAAUGAAAACCAACCCCUCAGCAUCACUGGACCAGGAACAGAAGGCUCCAGUGAGAAGAAAAUGAAAAAAAAGGCUAAAGAUGGUAGCAACAGCAGCAGUGAUUCAGAUGGCUCCUCAAGUGACUCAUCGUCGGACAGCAGCGACUCCUCCAGCUCCUCUUCAGAUGACAGCGACAGCAGCAGUGACAGUGACGAUGACAGCUCUUCCUCAUCUUCCUCUUCUUCCUCCUCUUCGUCCUCAGACAGCUCAGACUCAGAAAGCAGCAGCGAUUCAGAUCAAGGACCUCCAAGGAAGAAGAAAAAGAAGAAAUAAAUAUGUUGGAAUAAGUGGGUUUUCUUGUUGUUUGUUUCCCUGAGUAAAUUUUAGCUGUCCACAAUGUUUUUCUCCUAAUUCAUUCUAGUUAGUUGGAUGGCUAGGACACUUUUAGGGCUAUGCUACAGUUUUAGCAAAAAAUAUAAAUUGGAGAGAAAAGAACAUUUUGGGUUGGCCAUCGUGUCAUGGUCUGUAUUCAAAACACAUUUCCCGUUACUUUUAUUAAUGUGAUAUUUUCUCGAGUUUGUAGUUCUACUGAGGAUGUGAAUUUAAAAUAUCUGAGAAAACUUGUGCUUAUUCAUGUUGAAUUUGUGUUUUUGUACGAAAGUAUAUUUUUAGUCAAAUUUAAUCUGUACAGCUCACAACCUCAAUAAAGCUGCGCCAUAUCUAGAAUCGAAAAGACACUGACAUGAGACCUUUUUUAAAGGAUACCGAAUAAAAGUUUAUUACAUUUUAAAUUAGUGAGAAGGUCUUGGUAUAAAAUUGCAGUUGCUUGUUCACUGUAAAAUAAAGUUGGUGUGUUUUUUGUUUUUAA